AGGCUGUCGCCGAGCGGAGGGAUCAGAGGGGCUGUGGCUCCGCGCUGGCCCGGGCCGGGAGGCCGUUACACUGGCAGCGGGGGAGGGGCUGGUGAGCCCCCUCCCCGGCCCCGGCCGCGCUGAGGAGAGGAAGGAUGAUCCAGGGGUUAGUAUGCUGGUCUGGGACUUGGGAGAUGUGGAUUCAACUCCCUGCUCUGCCACAGAUUUCUUGUGUGACCUUGGGAUAAAUGGGUGUGCAUGACUUUUCCCUGAACUAAAGCAGUUCCAUGUCUUGUUUGGAUUGUUCCUGUAUUCUGCGGACAACAGUUGAAUCAAUCAGACAAGAAAAGCAAUCAGAAAAUAGCAUCCAUCAAUACUUGGCAGAUGAACCUGAGUUAUCUUGGAUUUAUCCAUAUGCAAGAGAUGAAACGGUACUUUGUUCUUCUGACGUCUCCCAUUAUGAACUCCAGGUGGAAAUAGGAAGAGGAUUCAACAAUUUAACUUCGAUCUACCUUGCCCGACACACACCUACAGGAACGCUUGUGGCUGUAAGGAUCACAGACUUAGAAAGCUGCUCUGAAGAACAUUUGAAAGCUUUACAGAAUGAGGUGGUGCUAUCCCACUUUUUCCAGCACCCCAACAUACUGACACUUUGGACAGUGUUUACUACUGGCAGCUGGCUUUGGGUCAUCUCUCCGUUCAUGGCCUACAAUUCAGCUAGUCACCUACUGAGGACCUACUUCCCUGAAGGAAUGAGUGAAGCUUUGAUAGGAAACAUUCUGUUUGGUGCAGUUAGAGGGUUAAAUUAUAUGCACCAAAAUGGCUACAUUCACAGGAAUAUGAAAGCUAGCCACAUUCUGAUUUCAGGGGAUGGUCUGGUUUCUCUGUCUGGCUUAAACCAUAUCUACAGUUUAGUUAACAAUGGACAGAGGUCAAAGGUUGUGUAUGAUUUUCCCCAUCUUAGUACUUCAGUACUUCCUUGGCUGAGUCCUGAGAUACUGAGACAGGAUUUGUAUGGGUAUAAUGUGAAGUCUGACAUUUACAGUGUGGGGAUAACAGCAUGUGAAUUAGCCAAUGGAUAUGUACCAUUUCAGGAUAUACCUUGUGCAAAGAUGCUGCUGCAUAAGCUGAAAGGUCCCACUUAUUGUCCCUGGGAUAUAAAUACCUUCCCACGUGUGGAAUCCAGAAUGAAGAAUUCCCAGUCAGGUGUGGAUUCUGGAAUUGGUGAAAGCAUGACGCACACAAUGACUAGUGAGAGAUUGCAAACUCCCUCCUCAAAAACAUUUUCCCCUGCUUUUCACAACUUGGUAGAACUCUGUUUGCAACAGGACCCUGAGAAAAGGCCAUCAGCAAGCAGUUUGCUGUCACACAGUUUCUUCAAACAGGUAAAAGAACAAACAAGGAGUUCCUUACUUUCACUGUUGCCACCUCCCAUCCAACACAAUAGACCGCAAUUCUUGCCACUGCCCUCAAGAACAAGCAGGCCUGAGCUUGGGUGUUUUUGCCCAAAUCAAAGAGACACAGAGUGGGACUUUUAAAACAAUGACAAACCAUCAUACCUCCCCCAUGCUUCAAAGAAGGAAAAUGUGAUUUCUACUUGCUGCUUUUCUCUGUAUUGGUUUAAAUACAAAUACAAGAGCUAUACUUGAA